AUGAUCUUCUCAGACUUCUACAAAGGGCGGCGGUCACCUUUAUCUCGGCUUCGUGGGCAGAGUCCCCACUCCUCGGCAAAUUCACCACCUUGGCUUGUUCCUGAAUACAUAGACCUGUUUAGCAAAGACAAGUACAGGCAAAAGGAUACCAUUAAGAAAUAUCUGGCUGCCAAGGUGAAGAACAACUGGAACUUUGAAUGGUCACCGCCCCGCAAAACCAAAACCAAAGUCACCGAGAAACCCAGUGACACAGACGAGGAAAAGAAACCCUCUGCCAAAGAAUCCGAACCGGAAGCAAUCAGGGUUGAUUCUGCCAAAGACAUCCGAGAUGACGCUUCUGAUGAUGCUGAUGCCGAUGCCGGCGCCGGCGCCGACGCAGACGCCCACGUUGACAGCAGUGCAUUGAGCGACAAUGCUUCAGAUCACGACGACCCGGACGCAGAUAACAACGACGACGACACCGACUCCAUCUACAGCAUCGUCUCCGAAGAUGCCGCCGUAAACUACCGUCCCCGUAUGGACUGGUAUUCUGACCUUUCUGAGGACGAGGCUGCCAUUACUUCGGUCAUUGAGGGACCCGAUAGUGCAGCCAGGACUUCGGCCUUGGAGAAGAAAGCACAGCGCCGGAGGGCUGCUCGAGAUGAAAUGGCUUGGAACGAGGGUCUGGCGUGCUUCCAGGCACGGCGGGAUGCUUGGACCGGUGCAAAGAUGGCUCGAGUCCGCAGCAAACCUGUUAUUUCGCCGCCAGUAUCUCCUCGCUCUCGCCGCUUCUUCUUCCGCCGCUCCAUAUCUGGCUCGCCGCCUUCCUUAGCUUUGAUCAAGUCUAAUUCUCUCGCCGAUAGCCGCUCAGGCACAGCAUCUGACGCGUCCUCGCUCGUCAAAGAUGACAAGGAUCUCAGCAAGCAAGGUUCUAAAGAUAAUGAACAAAUUUCCGACCGCCAACUACCUAUCGAAACACUACUUCCUAUUCCUCACCCGAUUCUUCCGCCUACCAACGGUUUCAGAGCGUCCAUUACACCGGCGAUCUAUCUAAGUCUCUACGACAAGGUCAUUCUUAAUAGUCUGCAACCAUCGUGUCCCAUCAACUUGUCCGACAUGAUUCGCUCUUGCGUUAUGGGGUGGAAACGUGAUGGGGAGUGGCCUCCCAAACCAUCGGCUCCCGAACCUGCAGUUGGUGCGGGACGGCGUAAGAAGGCCAAGAUGGCAUCGGGGACUGCGGCAAGUUCCAUUGGCGUUACCGCUCGCAGAUUGAGUCUUGGCCUGAUAGGACGUGACAAGGAUGAGAAUGGUUUAGGCAUUCGCAAGAGUCUUCAGAAGGCUCUUGGUUUGGGAACAUCAUCAGCAAAUCCACAGCAUUGA